AUGGCCACCAACAUCACCUUCCACGCCUCCGCCCUAACCCGCCCCGAGCGCAGCGCCCUGCGCAACCAGCGCGGCCUCACAAUCUGGCUCACCGGCCUCAGUGCCUCCGGCAAGUCCACGCUGGCCGUGGAACUGGAGCACCAGCUCCUCCGCGACCGCGGCGUGCACGCCUACCGCCUGGACGGCGACAACAUCCGCUUCGGCCUGAACAAGGACCUCGGCUUCAGCGAGGCCGACCGCAACGAGAACAUCCGCCGCAUUGCGGAGGUCGCCAAGCUGUUCGCCGACUCUGCCUCCAUCGCGAUCACCUCGUUCAUUUCGCCCUACCGCAAGGACCGUGACACUGCCCGUGCCCUGCACGAGGUGCCGACCCCCGGCGAGGAGACUGGUCUGCCUUUCGUCGAAGUGUAUGUCGAUGUGCCCGUCGAAGUUGCGGAGAAGCGCGAUCCUAAGGGCCUGUACAAGAAGGCGCGGGAGGGUGUGAUUAAGGAGUUCACUGGUAUCUCGGCGCCGUAUGAGGCGCCUGAGAAGCCGGAGGUGCACAUUAAGAACAACGAUGAUCUGCCUGUUCGGGAUGCUGUGAAGCAGAUUAUUGACUACCUUGAUGCUCAGGGCUACCUGCCUCCAAAGAAGGAGUAG